GCCCCCAGGCCAUGGACAGCCAGAAGCAGUUCAGCGGUCCAGAAAUCCAGUUCCUGCUUUCGUGCUCCGAAGCGGAUGAGAACGAAAUGAUCAACUGCGAGGAGUUCGCCAACCGCUUCCAGGAGCCAGCACGCGACAUCGGCUUCAAUGUGGCGGUGCUGCUGACCAACCUGUCGGAGCAUGUGCCGCAUGACCCUCGCCUGCACAACUUCCUGGAGCUGGCCGAGAGCAUUCUUGAGUACUUCCGCCCCUACCUGGGCCGCAUCGAGAUCAUGGGCGCCUCGCGCCGCAUCGAGCGCAUCUACUUCGAGAUCUCAGAGACCAACCGCGCCCAGUGGGAGAUGCCCCAGGUGAAGGAGUCCAAGCGCCAGUUCAUCUUCGACGUGGUGAACGAGGGCGGCGAGGCUGAGAAGAUGGAGCUCUUCGUGAGUUUCUGCGAGGACACCAUCUUCGAGAUGCAGAUCGCCGCGCAGAUCUCGGAGCCCGAGGGCGAGCCGGAGACCGACGCGGACGAGGGCGCGGCGGAGGCGGGCGCGGAGGGCGCGGAGGAGGGCGCGGAAGGGCCCGAGGGCACAGCGGCCACGGCGGCAGCUGGGGCGACGGCGCGGGUGGUGGCGGCCGCAGGCCGGGCCCUGCGCGGCCUCAGCUACCGCAGCCUGCGGCGGCGCGUGCGGCGGCUGCGGCGGCUCACGGCCCGCGAGGCGGCCACCGCGGUGGCGGCGCUGCUCUGGGCAGCAGUGACGCGCGCUGGGGCCGCUGGCGCGGGGGCGGCAGCGGGCGCGCUGAGCCUGCUCUGGGGCUCGCUGUUCGGCGGCGGCCUGGUGGAGGGCGCCAAGAAAGUGACGGUGACCGAGCUCCUGGCGGGCAUGCCCGACCCCACCAGCGACGAGGUGCACGGCGAGCAGCCGGCCGGGCCGGGCGGAGACGCAGACGGCGAGGGUGCCAGCGAGGGCGCAGGAGACGCCGCGGAGGGCGCUGGAGACGAGGAGGCGGCGGUGCACGCGGCCGGGCCGGGCGGCGCCGACGGGGCGGUGGCCGUGACCGAUGGGGGCCCCUUCCGGCCUGAAGGGGCUGGCGGUCUCGGGGACAUGGGGGACACGACGCCUGCGGAACCGCCCACGCCCGAGGGCUCUCCCAUCCUCAAGAGGAAGUUGGGGGUGGAUGGAGUGGAGGAGGAGCUUCCACCAGAGCCAGAGCCGGAACCCGAGCUGGAGCCGGAGAAAGCCGAUGCCGAGAAUGGGGAGAAGGAAGAAAUUCCUGAGCCCCCACCAGAGCCCCCCAAGAAGCAAGCACCUCCCUCACCCCCUCCAAAGAAGGAAGAAGCUGGGGGCGAAUUCUGGGGAGAACUGGAGGUGCAGAGGGUGAAGUUCCUGAACUACCUGUCCCGGAACUUUUACACCCUGCGGUUCCUUGCCCUCUUCUUGGCAUUUGCCAUCAACUUCAUCUUGCUGUUUUAUAAGGUCUCAGACUCUCCACCAGGGGAGGAAGACAUGGAAGGCUCAGCUGCUGGGGAUGUGUCAGGUGCAGGCUCUGGUGGCGGCUCUGGCUGGGGCUUGGGGGCCGGAGAGGAGGCAGAGGGCGAUGAGGAUGAGAACAUGGUGUACUACUUCCUGGAGGAGAGCACAGGCUACAUGGAGCCCGCCCUGCGGUGUCUGAGCCUCCUGCAUACACUGGUGGCCUUUCUCUGCAUCAUUGGCUAUAACUGUCUCAAGGUGCCCCUGGUAAUCUUUAAGCGGGAGAAGGAGCUGGCCCGGAAGCUGGAGUUUGACGGCCUAUACAUCACGGAGCAGCCUGAGGACGAUGACGUGAAGGGGCAGUGGGACCGACUGGUGCUCAACACGCCGUCUUUCCCCAGCAACUACUGGGACAAGUUUGUCAAGCGCAAGGUCCUGGAUAAACAUGGGGACAUCUACGGGCGGGAGCGGAUUGCUGAGCUACUGGGCAUGGACCUGGCCACACUAGAGAUCACCGCCCACAAUGAGCGCAAGCCCGACCCACCGCCAGGGCUGCUGACCUGGCUCAUGUCCAUCGAUGUCAAGUACCAGAUCUGGAAGUUCGGGGUCAUCUUCACAGACAACUCCUUCCUGUACCUGGGCUGGUAUAUGGUGAUGUCCCUCUUGGGACACUACAACAACUUCUUCUUUGCUGCCCAUCUCCUGGACAUCGCCAUGGGGGUCAAGACGCUGCGCACCAUCCUCUCCUCCGUCACCCACAAUGGGAAACAGCUGGUGAUGACUGUGGGCCUUCUGGCGGUGGUCGUCUACCUGUACACCGUGGUGGCCUUCAACUUCUUCCGCAAGUUCUACAACAAGAGCGAGGAUGAGGAUGAACCUGACAUGAAGUGUGAUGACAUGAUGACGUGUUACCUGUUUCACAUGUACGUGGGUGUCCGGGCUGGCGGAGGCAUUGGGGACGAGAUCGAGGACCCCGCGGGUGACGAAUACGAGCUCUACAGGGUGGUCUUCGACAUCACCUUCUUCUUCUUCGUCAUCGUCAUCCUGCUGGCCAUCAUCCAGGGUCUGAUCAUCGACGCUUUUGGUGAGCUCCGAGACCAACAGGAGCAAGUGAAGGAGGAUAUGGAGACCAAGUGCUUCAUCUGCGGAAUCGGCAGCGACUACUUUGAUACGACACCGCAUGGCUUUGAGACUCACACGCUGGAGGAGCACAACCUGGCCAAUUACAUGUUUUUCCUGAUGUACCUGAUAAACAAGGAUGAGACAGAACACACGGGUCAGGAGUCUUAUGUCUGGAAGAUGUACCAAGAGAGAUGUUGGGACUUCUUCCCAGCUGGCGAUUGUUUCCGCAAGCAGUACGAGGACCAGCUUAGCUGACACACCCCCAGCUGGCCCUCCACCCCCAUCUCAAGUGCCUUAUUCUCACAGCAAGCCCCUUAGUCCCCACGCCCCUCCCCCUAAGGCAGCUGGAGGAGAGGUGACCUAGUACUGGACAAUAAAUCUGUGCUACGCCCCCCAGCA